AUGGCAGGUGACGAAGAAGUCCACAUCAAGCCUUGCCGAACUCAAGAAAUCAAGAUCACGAGUUGGGCACGAGGACUUGAGGAUUCACGAAGUGCUUAUACUUCUUUGAGAGAACAUUUCUUGAGAUUUAUCGAACACCCAAAUGAUUUAGGCUCUUCGUUAGAUCCUCUAGAUGAUGAUAAGCACUAUGCUGAGAGACUCAAGUCACCAUGGAAUACCCUUCGGAAAGAUGAAGAAAUCCGUGCCGAGAUAUUCCAGGACAUUGAAAGAUGCAUGCCUGAAGAACCAUACUUUCGCCAAGCCGAUACUCAACGAUUCAUGUUGGAUGUGUUGUUCAUUUUCUGCAAGAUAAAUCAGGAUGUAGGUUAUCGGCAGGGCAUGCACGAGAUACUGGCUCCUAUUCUAUGGGUAGUAGAGCAAGAUUGUAUUGAUCCCGGAGACAUCAAUGGUGACACAACCGAAUCAGAAACAAACUCAUCAGACUCGAUCAUGAAGCAGUGCUUGGAUCGUAGUUUCAUUGAGCAUGAUGCUUUCACUCUUUUGUCUCUGGUAAUGAGAUCGGCCAAGUCAUUUUAUGAACUGGGUGACCCAGGUCAAAAGACCUCCCAAAAUGGCAUUGGAACACCUCAGAAUGGCGCUUCUCCUAUUGUUGAAAGGAGUAAGCGAAUCCAUGAAGUAUACCUAGCUCGCGUAGACCCGCAACUAGCCAAACAUCUUACGGACAUUGAGAUAUUGCCACAAAUAUUUUUGAUAUUACUCUUCGGACGAGAAUUCCCCUUUGAUGAUCUAUUAGCAGUAUGGGAUACUCUUUUCGCAGAAGAUCCGGAACUAGACCUUGUUGAUCUAAUCUGUGUGGCAAUGCUACUUCGAAUUCGAUGGCAAUUGAUGGAAUCGAAUUACUCGCUGGCCCUCAUGUUAUUACUCAAAUAUGACUGCCCCCCAGAUCCUCAAACAUUCGUCGACGAUGCCAUCUUCCUACGAGAUAAUUUCAAUGCCACCGGAGGGUCUAAGAUCAUCCAUAAAUAUAGUGGGAAAUCCCUACGGCGAGAUAAAUCGUCGACUCCACCUGGCACUCCUUCUGAUGGAAGCCUUAGCCCUAGACAGAUACUCACGAGGAAUAGAUCUUCACUGACUACCCCUGCUCGAUUCUUGCAGCAACAAGGAGGUGUUGAGGCAUUGAUUCAUGGAGCUGCGGGUGCCGCAAAAGGUGUGUACAAUAGGGGCGAGCGGCUCGGCAUCAAUCAAGCUGUGCGUGAUGCAAUGGAAGAAGUGAAAAAGAACAUGCAAGGACUACAAACCCCGCGAGGUAGCAAUUCGCCUAAAAGAGCUACUGGUGCUUCACGGUGGUCUCUUGACGACGGGCGUGUAGUGCCUGCCUCAACUGCUAUCAUGGCAACAAUGAACGAAAGAAACAAACAAUUGGCAGUCAUGCUAGACUACGCGAUGAAAGAUUUGAGAUCUGUUUCUGUGUCACAAGAAAGCGAUCGGGAGAAGUACAUUGAAGCAAUGGAGAUAACCAUCGCGAAAGUCGAAUUCGUGAAAGUAUACCUGGAAGACUCUACCAUGCCACUUCCAAUUUCGUCACCAAAUCUCGAUGGCGGAAGUGAACCUGCCAUAUCAGAAGCAGAUAUACCUAAAGUGCUAUUGCCGCCAAUUUCAGACCGUGAGCAGACAGCUUCACCAGAACCAUCUAGCAUACUUUCGGGCCCAGGAAACGCCCUGAACAAAGAGGCAGAUAACCCAACCAAGCCAUCUAUAUCAACACCUGACACCCUCACUCCAACGGAAGCAAGCAACACUCCCUCCACCGAACCGUCUACAAUUAUCCAGCCUGAUACAGAAAGAGAGAACAUGAGAUCUGCAAUAUCCGAGCGCCCCAAAGCACCAAUUCCGAGCAGAUCCACCAUUGCUCAAUCAUCCUUUUCUUGGAUGCUAGAACCAGAUCAGGCAUGUAGCCCGAAUACCAAACCAUCACCCCCAAAGGCUUCUUCUCCAUUUUUAAGAUCUGGAAAACGGCCCACCUCCGGCGCUGAUCGGGAAAAGGCAGCGUUUCUGUUUGGUGAAGAUGAUAGUGACUUCCAACUCCCAAUUCCAAAAUCUCCUUUACCUAAUGCUGAAGAAGCCUUCAAGCUUGAAACAUUGAAGCGAAUGAAAGGAAAACAAGUGGAUGAACAUACAGAUAAAUAG